AGAGAGAGAAAAGAAAUCAUCCAACAACCGAGAUGGAGGUGGAAAACAAGGAGAAUCUGAUCAGCUCCUUCCUCGAGAUCACUUCUUCAACAAGAGAAGAAGCUUCUUACUUCCUCGAAACUCACCGAUGGGAUCUAGACGCUGCCGUCUCCACCUUCCUCGACAACGACGCCUCCGCAGCCGAUUUGCCAGCUGUCCCAAACCCUAAUUUACCUCCUCCUUCGAUUCCAGCUGCUGAAAACUCUCCGGAGAAUCAAGAAGGUGAUACUAGGAGCCGUCAACACGCUGGGAACAUCCGUACGUUCGCUGACCUGAACCCUUCUCCAGAUGAGGGCCAAGAGUAUUAUACUGGCGGACAGAAGAGUGGGAUGAUGGUUCAAGAUCCUAACAAAGCAAAAGACGUUGACGCACUUUUUGAGCAAGCUAGGCAGUCUGCUGUAGACAGACCUGUUGAACCGUCCAGGUCAGCUUCUACAAGCUUCACUGGACCUUCACGGAUGUUGUCUGGCGAACCUGUUCCCUCUUCUCCUCAGCGAGAGCAAGACCAGCCUCGAGUUGUUAUGCACACCAUCACUUUCUGGAGGAACGGUUUCACCGUUAAUGAUGGUCCUUUGAGGAGUUUUGAUGACCCGGAAAACGCAACCUUUAUGGCGAGUAUUGUGAGAUCAGAGUGCCCUCGUGAACUCGAACCAGAAGAUAGGAAGAUACGUGUUCAUGUUAAUCUCGUCAAGCGUGACGACAACUACACGGAACCAACAAAGCCCAAAACCCCAUUCCAAGGUGUAGGAAGGACCUUAGGAGCCAGCGGAUCAGGCUCUGCAGAACCACAAGCUCCACCCGCACAAAUGAACACAGCACCAGGACCAUCAAGAGGGCUUAUUGUGGACCAAGCAGCACCAACAACUUCCAUCCAGCUCAGAUUGGCAGACGGCACGCGCCUUGUAUCCAGGUUUAACAAGCACCACACGGUCAGAGAUGUGCGUCGGUUCAUCGACGCUUCAAGACCCGGUGGCUCGAGAGAGUACAAGUUACUAACCAUGGGGUUCCCUCCUAAACAAUUGACAGACUUUGACCUAACUAUUGAGCAGGCUGGUAUAGCUAACUCCGUCGUCAUCCAGAAACUCUAGCUUUUUUUCAGUUUUAGAAUACAAUUUGCUUUUUCUUUUAAUUGUUUGAGAACUCUUACCAUUCCACUCAACUAUUUGUUUAACGCUAGGAUUUGGAUCAGUUGAGAAAAUCAUCAAAU